CUCCAGCUUCGGAGCGCCGCCGUCCGCGUCCACACCACUGCGCUUCCGUGGAUCCAAAAUUCCGUCUGUCUCACGUGCUUUGUGAAUAUAAAAGCUCUCUGUUUCCCUUCAUCAUGUGUAGUGUGUCACCAGACAAACGGCGAAAGAUGGAGUCGGCGUUAGAGCAGCUGAAGAAAUACACGGUGGUCGUGGCGGACACCGGAGACUUCAAUGCCAUUGAAGAGUACAAGCCCCAGGAUGCCACCACCAACCCCUCCCUCAUCCUGGCCGCUGCCAAGAUGGCCGCCUACCAGCAUCUGGUCGACCAGGCCAUCAAAUACGGCAUCGCCAAGGGCGGACCUGAGGAGGAGCAGGUGACCAACACCAUGGACAAGCUGUUUGUGAGCUUCGGCCUGGAGAUCCUCAAGAAGAUCCCAGGCAGGGUUUCCACGGAGGUGGACGCCAGGCUUUCGUACGAUAAGGAUGAGAUGGUGGCUCGGGCCCUGCGGAUCAUUGCCUUGUAUGAAGAGGCCGGUAUCAAGAAGGACCGUGUUCUCAUCAAGCUCUCCUCCACAUGGGAAGGCAUCCAGGCUGGCAGGGAGCUGGAGGAGAAGCACGGGGUUCACUGCAACAUGACCCUGCUGUUCUCCUUCGCCCAGGCAGUGGCCUGCGCCGAGGCCAAGGUCACCCUCAUCUCACCCUUUGUGGGGCGCAUCAUGGACUGGUACAAGGACAACACGGCCCAGAAGAGCUACGAACCCCAUGAGGACCCAGGUGUGAUCAGUGUGACUAAGAUCUACAACCACUACAAGAAGUAUGACUACACCACGGUGGUGAUGGGAGCUUCCUUCAGGAACACUGGGGAGGUCAAGGCCCUGGCCGGCUGUGACCUGCUUACCAUUUCCCCCAGCCUGCUGGGAGAGCUGAGCAAGGACCACAGCGCCAUCACGCCAAUGCUCACGGUUGAGAAAGCCAAGGCCUGUGAUUUGGAGAAGGUUCACCUGGAUGAGAAGGAAUUCCGCUGGCAACACAACGAGGACCGCAUGGCCGUGGAGAAGCUCUCUGACGGCAUCCGCAAGUUCGCCGCCGACGCCAUCAAGCUGGAGACUAUGAUCAAGGAGAAGAUGCUGAACGUGAAGAACGGCCAGUAAAGCGGGACCAGACGUUCAGCCCUCCCCGCAGGAAAUGGUGAUGGUUGUACGACAACCACCACUGGGGGCCCAAGGGACCAAACUCGCCCACCUCCCCUGACCCCAAAGUGGGACCCCCUCAACAACGGAACACCUCGCCACUGUAGGCUUGGAUUGACUAUGAUUUACUGUGUUUUUGUCUUGACUUUGAACGUAGUCAAUGCAGAGAUUGAUUUCAAUUGUUACUCCAGCACUGAUGCAAUGCUCUUUUUGUAAAUUACUGCUACUUGCCCCACUGCAGAUUUGGUCAGAGGAGCGAAUGCACAACGGUCAGGUUCAGUCCAGCCUUUUUUACUCAUCAGUCCUUUUAGCGAUGCUCUAGAAAAACAACUUCAAACUGUAACAAUUAUGAACAUUCCUCAGGAAAUUAUAAAAAAAUAAUGAUUUAACGGUUUCACCAAUUAAAGUCUUUCCUCAGUGAA